CAUUUAAACUUUUGCCUCGAGAGUAACGCCGCCCAUUUUAAGUGCAACACUGGAAUUAUGCCAAAGCUUUUUGUCUUGCGUCCGCAUUAUAAAUCACUUCGCGCAACCUUGGCAUGACUCGUGUCAAACGCGCAUUUUGUUGUAUCCAAGUGGCUUGGUUUUGAGCAACGUAUAUCAGCACGAAGCGGAUGGAAAUAAAACGGGACACUUAUGUUUUCUACUAUAAUUUCAUUCGGCCGCCGAUAUGCAGAAGUGCUAUUGCUCACGAACACAUGCCACCAUCAACCUCGCUGCAGCAUGCGCACGCCAAGCGAAGGGUCCCGACCCGCCCCAUGAGUAGGAAGGCAGUGGGGAAGGAAAGACCUUGCGCAACGCUGGCGUGUCCAUCACUGGCCAACCAAAGCCACGUGGUCCUCUUUGCGCGACUCCAUUGGAUGGCGGUUGUGUGACGUGAAUGGAACAGCUGGUUCCGUCCGUCUCGAUCAAAACAAACGGCAUCCCCCUUGGCAUCCCCACAGAAGGCAGCAAAAUGGCUGACGAAACUGGUAGCUCCGUGUCGGGGUCGGAACUGGCAGAAUCGACAAGCGACGAAUGCUUGGCUGAACCUGACGGACCCGCUAAGAAGCGCUUCAAGGCUGGCGAAAGAACGCCUGGCAAGUCUGACAAAUUGGAGCACAGGCUGGGCGGCAUUCUUUGCUGCGCGGUCUGCCUGGACCUGCCCCGCACCGCCAUUUAUCAGUGCACCAACGGCCACUUGAUGUGUGCCGGUUGUUUUACUCAUCUCCUGGCAGAUGCGCGUCUCCGUGACGAGACCGCCACCUGCCCCAACUGCAGGACAGUCAUCAGCCGUGAGCUCUGCUCACGAAACCUCGCUGUUGAGAAAGCAGUCUGCGAACUGCCCACCGAAUGUCAAUUCUGCGCCAGUGAACUUCCCAGGUCACAGAUUGAGCGCCAUGAAGCAGAACUCUGCGAAGAGCGGUUGACACGCUGCCGCUACAGUCGGAUUGGUUGCCAGUGGAGGGGCCCGUACCAUGAGCUGGUGGUGCACACCCAAGUGUGCUCCCAUCCUCACAAAUCAGGCGGAGAAGUGAUGGAAGCUCUUGAGCUCAUUGACCAGCAGAUCCAUAAGGAGCAGAUGCUGUACAACACCAUCUUUGAACUGCUGUCGUUCGAGAAGAUCACUUUCAAUGAUUUGCAGUUUAAACCAUACCGCACAGAUGAGUUCAUUCACAAGCUGUACUAUGAGACAUCUCGCUUCACUGCCUUUGGCUCACAGUGGGUUGUAAAAGCACGUGUGAAUGACAAUCAGCGUGAUCCAACACAGUCUUGUGAGCGCACCCUCAGCUACCACCUUGUGCUCAAGAGCAAAGCUUCAACCACUAUGGGCAUCCACUACAUGGUGCUCAAGGGCCCAUUUGGAGACCUCAAGGUGAAUCCGCGUCUCUACCAACAUGAAUUUACUGAAGCUGCCAUGGAGAGCCCGUAUCAACCGCUGCCGUUGCUGGACUCUGCCGAAUGCAACAAACUGCUUGCUGCCAAAGCCUUCAACUUUCGCCUCAUCAUGUUUCAUGUGACCAAGUGAAACUGCCUCCAGUCAUCCAGAUUCCAAGCACACUGUAUAUUUGAAUUCUGUCCUUCCUGAAGAUCUGUAUCAAAUCCCUUUUCAUUCAGAUUACUUCCGCCAAAUGGCUUAAUUUAGAACCAUUCCCCAAUCCCUUGUCGUACAAAUAUAUCCACUUUCCUGUC